AUGUCGUCAAACUCUAUUAAGUUGCUAGCUAGUGAUGUGCAUCGAGGACUUGCGGAAUUAGUUGCUAGAAGAUUGGGCUUAAAGAUAACACCAUGUGAACUAAACAGAGAAUCAACGGGGGAAGUACAAUUUUCUAUUGGAGAAUCUGUUCGAGAUGAAGAUAUAUUUAUUAUCUGUCAAAUUGGCUCCGGAGCAGUUAACGAUAGAGUUAUUGAAUUGAUGAUUAUGAUCAAUGCUUGUAAAACGGCAAGUGCUAGGAGAAUUACCGUGGUACUACCAAAUUUCCCCUAUGCAAGACAGGAUAGAAAGGACAAGUCGCGUGCGCCCAUUACUGCCAAGUUGAUGGCCGAUAUGUUGACUUCAGCAGGCUGCGACCACGUUAUUACCAUGGACUUGCAUGCAUCUCAAAUUCAGGGCUUUUUUGACGUUCCUGUAGAUAACUUGUAUGCCGAACCUAGCGUUGUUAGAUACAUUAAGGAGAAAAUCAGCUAUAGAAAUGCUAUAAUAAUCUCCCCAGAUGCCGGUGGGGCAAAGAGGGCAGCGGGGUUGGCUGAUAGAUUGGAUUUGAACUUUGCCUUGAUACACAAGGAGAGAGCAAAAGCUAACGAAGUUUCAAGAAUGGUCCUUGUAGGUGAUGUUAGUGACAAAGUCUGCAUUAUUGUUGAUGAUAUGGCAGACACGUGCGGUACUUUGGCCAAAGCGGCAGAGGUAUUACUAGACAACAACGCUAAGGAAGUAAUUGCAAUUGUUACCCAUGGCGUAUUAUCAGGAAACGCUAUUCAGAAUAUCAACAACUCGAAGCUCAAGAAAGUGGUUUGCACUAAUACAGUUCCUUUCGAAGAUAAAUUGAAGCUUUGCAAUAAACUAGAUACCAUCGAUAUAUCUGCUGUCAUUGCGGAAGCUAUCAGAAGAUUGCACAAUGGUGAAAGUAUCUCGUAUCUAUUCAAAAAUGCCCCUCUAUAG